CGGCAAAACCUACGAAACGCGAAAAAAAUUCCCCCUAGCUAUGUUACGAGUUAUCAACAUAUCUUCUAAAGGUUCUAUAAAAAUUGUGUCGUCAUCAAAUGUGUAAAUUUUGUCAGCAUCUAUGUAACUUUCGGUAUUUAUCUAUAUUGCUCUUUAUUUAAAAAAUUUACUCGGUGGCGUUGAGAUGCCGUCGGUCAUUUCUGCAAUGUGAACUUCCGGAAGCAAGUUUAUUGUGUAGACUCACCAGUUUGACGACGUUACCGUCAGGUUUCUACCUUUUGCUGAAGACAGGCUUUUGGUUAGGUGAUAGGACAGAAUUUUUCAAACUGGUACGCCUUAAUGAACGUACACAAGGGGCCCGCGCUUGACUGUUGAGAGGGACCGAAAGUAGAAGGUGGGAGGGGCGCAGUGGCCAUGAUGCGUGGACUUCGCUCACGUUGAGGCGGGAAUCCUGUUGGGAUAACGUUUUGAGAACUAGAAUAUCAUCUGUUUGUCACUCUGAACCACUACAGUGAUGACAUGACACUGAAUCUGUGACUAUCGUCAUGGGAGAGAUAAGGAACUCACGUGAAUAUGGUAGCUUUAGGAGCUCAGUUUCUCAGAAGAAGGUAGUCGUCGAUGACGAUGACAGCAAGGUGUGGACCAUGUACGAUGCUGGCCCACGGAAUGUGAAGUGUCCGUUAGUCUGCCUACCGCCUGUCAGUGGUACUGCAGAUGUCUUCUUCAGGCAGAUCAUGGCCCUAUCGGGACUGGGCUACAGAGUCAUAGCACUACAAUAUCCCGUGUACUGGAGUCUACAGGAGUGGAUAGAUGGCUUCCGAAAACUGCUGGAUCAUCUACAGCUGGACAAGAUUCAUAUAUUUGGAGCAUCGCUGGGUGGGUUCCUGGGGCAGAAGUUUGCAGAAGCCACAUACAAGAGCCCACGGGUGCACUCCAUGAUAUUGUGCAAUGCCUUCAGUGACACCACUGUCUUUCAACAAACUACGACAGCACCAACGUUUUGGCUGAUGCCUGCCUUCAUGCUGAAGAAGAUGGUGAUGGGAAACUUUACACAGGGCAUGACUGAACCUGCUAUAGCAGACUCUGUGGAUUUCCUGGUGGAAUGUCUAGAGGGUCUCCCCCAGUCAGAACUGGCCUCCAGACUCACCCUAAACUGUCAAGAUUCCUACGUGGAGCCACAAAGGAUCCAGAACAUUGCCAUUACAGUAGUAGAUGUAUUUGAUGAGAGUGCUUUGUCCACAUCUGUGAAAGAAGAGCUCUACAAAUGUUACCCCAAUUCCAAAAGGGCGCAUCUCAAGUCUGGUGGCAACUUCCCCUAUGUAAGCAGAAGUGCUGAAGUCAAUUUGUACAUACAGAUACACCUUCGUGAUUUCCAUGGCACUCGCUUCUCAGCCAUCGACCCGGAUAUGAUCACGGACGCUGACAGGGAAGCCAUCAAACAGAAGCUGGAGACAGAUGGUGCAGAGGCAAACUCGGAGUACAACAGCCGGGAGAAUGCAAUGACAGUAAUGUCUGGGGAGGACCUGCGCUCCACCGAGGUACACACCACACAACCUCACUCCGCACGGCCUCCAUGGAGGAACAGGAUCCGGCCGCUCCAGAAGAAAGAGCUUGUGGAGAUCCGCCCCGGGCGCUGGCUGAAAAUCCUGCACAUUAAAGCAGCGGCAGGUGGCGGUGAUCACAGGAGCUCAAACGUUGAUGAAAGGCAGGAUCAAAGUGUCGGCUGCCUGACUGUUAAAGGUGAUAACACUGGCAUGAUAAUACCCAGUAAAAAGGUUGAUGUUGGAGUAAACACCACAGAGGCCUUCAUCAGUCGGAAAGAGUCAGAAGUAAAUACUGCUCCAGGCAAAACAGAGUUUGACACUUCUCAUCCAGAAAUACCUCCUCUAGCAAACACAGAAGACUCCAUAGAAACUACAGACAAGAAAGGUGACUUAAGAGAUAUCUUCAAAGAUAAAAAAAUAUUUGAAACACCUGUGAAAGAUGAUGAUAUGCUAAAAGACAACUUCUCUUCAUCAAGCAAUUUAUGUACAGCUAGCCAAUUGGAACAAGAUGAUCAUGCAUAUGGUGACAAAUCCAUGAAUUUAAGUCACUUGAACAAAGUAAAUAAUGAUUCUGGAGGGUCCAGCCUUGUCAUCUGCACAACAGAAUCUUCCAAAUCUCUUGCACUUCUCGCAGAAAGUAGCACUGACAAGCUAAAUCCACCAGAAAAGAACCUGGACUUACCAUGUAGCACUAAGAGUAAGACGCACAACAUUAACCAUAGUAACAGCAAUGUCAAUGACUCAGGGAUUGUAAAGGACAAGUGUAAACUGGAGACUUUUUACGACAAAACUCGGAGUCAUACCGCUCAAAACCACCAGCUGCACAAUGGGAGAGACAUGCCAUGGUUAUCUGAGGAUGAUGUUCCCCCUUCAGAUACAGUUCUGUUUUUCCUGCACGGGGUGGGUGGAUCUUAUGAGGUGUGGAUGGCUCAGAUUGACUACUUUGCUGCUAAAGGCUAUCAAAUUGUUGCACCCGAUUUGUUGGGACAUGGACAAAGCUCUGCACCAGAGAUGGGGUCUGCUUACCACUUCAGAGAGCAUGCCAGAGACAUGACAGCCAUCUUUGAGCGCUACUGCGGGAAAAGGAAUGUGGUGAUUGGUCAUUCAUACGGGUGCACAUUCUGCACCCUGCUGGCCCACGAGCAGGGACUGAGGAUGAGCAGACUGGUCAUGGUGAGUGGGGGUGCACCGUCCCCCCUGGAACCACAGCCUUGUCACAUCUUCUGCCUCCCUGUCUGUCUACUGGACUGUAUCAGCCCCAUGCUGGUCAAGUGUUUCCUCAGGAGGGCCUUCAGCACAAAAGGUCAGCUCUCUACUGUAGAAGACAUGCACAAGUCAUUCAAUGUGCCUGCUCAUGUGCUGAGGGGAACAAUGGUGGGACAGGUGUGGCAUGAGGGCGAUGAGGAUUAUCAUACGGAGAUCGAGGUCCCCACCUUACUGAUCCAUGGGAGGCAGGACGGCUUGGUUCCCCUGCAGGAUGAAUACGGGAUGGAAGAGGCCCUACCUUACUGUCAUCUGGAGGUGAUAGAAGAUGUGAGUCACAUGGUGAUGAUGGAAUGUCCUGACAAGGUCAACCAACUCAUCCAUGACUUCAUACUGCAGGACAGCGAGGAACUGUUCUCCCAGAAACAUGUCCACAGGUCCCCCAGCAGAGCCUCCCAGAAACAUGUCCACAGAUCCCCCAGCAGAGCCUCCCUCAAGUCUACCAGUAAGGCCAUCCCUGCUCAUCUCCUCACAAGGUGAAGAGGACAAUGCAAGACUCUCUCCAGGUCUAGAUUUGUCCCUGUCUUCUCAGUUGUACCGAUCAAAGUUGGCUGACAGUGUGUAACUUAACAGCAACAAAGCCAUGAGAUCCAAGACAUAUUUCCCCAGGAAAUUUGGAACUUCUUCAUUGGCAAAACUACAUCCAGGGUUGGAAGGACUGGCGCUAAAGGGAGCUCUGUAACAACACAUGGAAGCUUGUACCUACUCCAUCCAUAACUCAUUAACUGUGCAGGAGGUCAAUCCAAGUUUGCCUUUUAACAGCUGUGUGGUUCAUAUUAUAACAAGACCAUUAUCAGGUGAUCAGACUUGGCUGCCAGAAUUUGUAUACAUCUUAACUCCAAGUUUUACUCUUGCCACCCUUGGCAUUAUUGCACAAUGGCCUUGAAGUGACAAUUCAUUACAAUGAUGAUUGAUUGGCCUCCUUCGGUCAAUGCAAUACUGACCAUCAUAAAAUCCUAAUCGAUAUCAGCCCUACAGAAUUGGCUGUGGCUAAACAGUCCUAUACAAGAAUUACAGUCUCUGCCACAUAGGGCACAUCUGUAAGCUGACUCGAGACUGUUGCAGAGUUUAUUUCGCAGGAUUCGCUGGUGUCUAUAUUGAUAAAGUACUAUGAAUAUAAAUAGUAUAAAUAUAGUAUGAAUGUCAGGGAGGGCAAAAAUUAAUGCAAUUCCAAAGUGCAAAUUUGGAGUUGAGUACUACUAGUACAUAACAUUGUAGUUAUAAACUUAGUAAAGUAGUUGGUUAGUAAAUAAGUCUGUUGAUUGGCAUGGUGGAAAUUUCUAGCCAGUUAACUUUUUCAAAACUGUAUUAAAAUUCUUUGUUGCCGCUUCACUAGAUUUGUGUUGCAAAGUACACAGUUCUCUAUUUACAUAAUUUUUUUAUUUAUUUUCUUCACUUUCAGGCAUUCCAUACUAAACAUUCUUUGUCCAUGUUUUGAAAAUAGGGCUAGGAUGAUAACAAUUUUUUGUACUUCUAGUAUUUCUGUAUUUCUAGGAAAAGCUUUUUUGUUGCUUUAAGAAAUUCAAAGUUUCAAACUUUUGGCAUUUCAAUAUACUGCACUGAGUUUUAAAGACUUCUAUGAUAUCAAAACUAUUAAUGUUAACACAGAUGAGAAUCAUGACUCUGUAAUUGUUCUCGAAAGCUCUGCAAUUUCUAUUCAAAAUGUAAUUAGUGUAUAUCUGAACAUUUCUGCCAGUGUGUUACUUUUAUUGUUGUCCCUUUUAUUUAUUGUUGAAGUGGCCUUUUGAAGGAUGUUCUGUUUCCAGGUUUAGGCAAUAGGGAAAGUACCUAAAUGGUCAUAGGAACUCUGUAGUGAACUGUGUAGACUCCAUGUUUGUUGAAAUAUUAUAUUUUAUGAUAUUGUGUUUCCAUGUACACUGCACCAAGGAGGUUUAUCUCUCUAUAUAACCUCCAUGAUUGCAUUUUGUUUGAGUUUGUUGCUGUUAAAUGUUGGUUGUUUGCUGUUAAUUUGCCUUUCCUUGAUGUAUUAUUUAUUUGGAAGACAAAAAUCUGAAGUGCACCUUUCCACUCCAAUGUGUUCUAUACACUAGUGAUAAAGAGUGUAAUUAUAUUGAAUAUUAAAUUGAAAAAUGAAUAUAAUGCACCUGUAACCUUGGAAAAGAAAAACAUUAGGAAAAUAUACAAAUAUUUUUAAUGACACUGUUAUGUGCAAUAGGAGUAUCAUUAGACGUAAACAAUACAAACUUAAACAUGUACUUGGGCAUUGUUGUUUUUCAUCUUACCAGAUCAAAGACACAAUUUUUCUGGUUAAUUCUGUCCACAGGAGUUUCCAUGACUGCAUGAUCUUGAUUCUUUUAAAGAAUGUGUUUUCAACAUUUUAAACAUCUACAUAGCCAUCACCCUGGCCUCAUUUUGUUUGCAGGCUUCCAAAUUUGUUUAUAUUCCUCAUGUAAAUGAAACUACAAAUUAUUUUCAAGAAACCAUAAGCCUAAUCCACAGUCACUAUGUCCUGGAAUACAACUUGCCCUUCGAUAUCAAAGUCAUAUUGAACACUUCACCAAAAAGUGACCUAACUAAGACAAAUUUGCAAUGCCUAAGAACAUGGUGGCUAUUCAAAUAUACAAUGUGAAUUAUGGACUAAAACUUAACACUAACUUUGAUAUUUAUGUAUAAUAUUAAGAGUUCACAAUAAACUUGAUCACAC